AUGAUUGAAUCCUGCAAAAGUGCGCAAGAAAUCUCGCAGUUGUCUGCUGAGGGUCAGAGAAUGUUUGCAAAACUUGAAAAGUCCCCGAAACCCAUCGUGGCUGCAAUCAAUGGAUCGUGCCUGGGAGGAGGCCUGGAGGUGGCCAUAGCUUGCCAGUACCGUGUGGCUACAAAGGACAAGAAGACGGUUCUUGGCGCUCCGGAGGUCCUCCUGGGGCUGCUGCCAGGAGCUGGGGGCACUCAGAGGCUGCCCAAGAUGGUUGGCAUACCAACCGCAUUUGACAUGAUGCUGACCGGCAGGAACAUUCGUGCUGACCGUGCCAAGAAGAUGGGUCUUGUAGACCAGCUUGUGGACCCUCUGGGACCCGGUCUAAAAAGUCCUGAAGAACGGACCAUGGAUUAUCUGGAGGAAGUUGCCGUGCACUUUGCCAAAGGGAUCGCCGACAAGCAGAUCUCCCUGAAGAAGCAGAAGGGACUGAUAGCAAAGAUCACAGACUAUGUCAUGUCCAUCGCGUUUGUGAGGCAGCAGAUCUACAAAACUGUGGAGAAGAAGGUCCGGAAGCAGACCAAGGGCCUGUACCCGGCUCCUCUGAAGAUCAUCGAGGUGGUGCAGACCGGUUUGGAGCAGGGAUCUGAUGCCGGAUAUCUGGCAGAGUCACAGAAAUUUGGUGAGCUGGGGGUGACCAGCGAAUCCAAAGCUCUGAUUGGACUCUACCAUGGACAAGUUCAGUGCAAAAAGAAUAAAUUUGGAACUCCUCAGAAAGAAGUGAAGAAUUUGGCCAUCCUGGGCGCUGGUCUGAUGGGAGCCGGGAUUGCACAGGUCUCUGUAGAUAGAGGUCUAAACACUAUUCUGAAAGAUACGACGGUGGAAGGGCUGGGCAGAGGACAGCAGCAGGUCUACAAAGGCCUGAAUGACAAGGUGAGGAAGAGGACUCUGACCUCCUUUGAGAGGGACACCGUGAUGAGUAACCUGACGGGACAGCUGGACUAUAAGGGCUUCGAGAAGGCGGACAUGGUGAUCGAGGCCGUCUUCGAGGACAUUAAAAUCAAGCACAAAGUGCUGCAGGAAGUGGAGGCUGUUUUCCCCCCUCACUGUAUAUUCGCCAGUAACACAUCCGCCCUCCCCAUCGGUCAGAUCGCUGCAAUCAGUAAGAGACCGGACAAGGUGAUCGGGAUGCACUAUUUCUCCCCCGUGGAUAAGAUGCAGCUAUUGGAGAUCAUCACUACAGAUAAAACCUCCCCGGACACCGCGGCCUCCGCUGUAGCUGUUGGGCUGAAGCAGGGAAAAGUCAUCAUUGUGGUGAAGGACGGGCCGGGAUUUUACACCACGAGGUGCCUGGGCCCCAUGAUGGCCGAAGUCGUGCGCGUUCUGCAGGAAGGCGUGUCCCCCAAGAAGUUGGACGCGCUCUCCACCGGGUUCGGGUUCCCUGUGGGCGCCUCCACUCUGGCCGAUGAAGUAGGGAUCGAUGUGGCGGCUCACGUGGCGGAAGAUCUGGGAAAAGCCUUCGGCGAGCGCUUCGGAGGAGGGAACAUCGACUUGUUGAAGGCCAUGGUGCAAAAGGGAUUUCUGGGCCGUAAAUCCGGGAAAGGUUUUUACAUCUACCAGCAGGGAGUGAAGGAGAGAGCCAGCAACUCCGGUACAGAGGAACUCCUGGAGAAAUUCAAAUUGCAGGCCAGACCCGAAGUCUCCUCCGACGAGGACAUCCAGCUGCGUCUGGUCACCCGGUUUGUGAACGAAGCCGUGAUGUGCUUGCAGGAAGGUAUUCUCAGCAAUCCCGUUGAAGGAGACAUCGGCGCCGUGUUUGGUCUUGGCUUCCCGCCGUGCCUUGGAGGCCCGUUCAGAUACACAGACGCCUACGGUGCGCGUCGCGUCGUAGAGAAGAUGAGGAAGUACGAGAGCGCGUACGGAAGCCAGUUCACCCCGUGCCAGCUACUGCUCGACCACGCCAAGGACCCCAGCAAGAAGUUCCACCACUAACCAGUGCCCACGUCGGGGCCCCUGACCAGUAUCUCGGCCCCCCCGAGACCUGUGAUUGUACGGAGGAGAGGGGGAAGGCUUUUGAAACCGCCCCACUAAAGAUUGAAGCCGCGCGUGCCUUAGGCCUACGAUUACUCGGGGGCACCGUGUCCCCCGCACCGAAGAAGCUUUUUCUCGAAUGGAGUUUCAUUUUUUGCACUUGGAGCCGGCUAAAAAGACUUAACCCCCCCGAAUGUCCACUGUGGGUGAGGGAGCGAGGCGUCCGAGCCCCGGCAAUGCGUCCAUUCCAUGCAGCGUGGGCAAUGAUCAAUAAAAUGUUUCGUUUUCA